UCGCGUUACUCUCCGGAGAUCGUCAGAUACUGCCGCAUUUUGCGGUCCAAAUUACCGAAAAGAUGUACGAUCUCGGUGUGGCCCUUUUGUUGCUCCGUCGUGUUCGCGUUAAUAGUUCAAAUGUAGGCCUGACCCAGUGGUGCCAUCGAUGCUUCGCAACAGCGCGAACAUCCGAAGCAGCGGACACGGUCAGCAAUUCUCAGCAGCAUACGGAACCGCCGGCGGACCAGCAAUCGGUUGUGACCGGCGGAAACAAAGAGAAGCUCAUCAAGGUGGCAAUAAUCGGUAUGCCAAACGCGGGCAAAAGCACACUCAUCAAUCGGCUCAUCGAUCAGCGGGUUUGUCCGGUUUCGACGAAGGUGCACACGACGCGCAAGACAUUGAAAGCGAUUCACAGCCGGUCGAACUCGCAGGCCAUCCUCUUCGACACGCCGGGGCUGGUGGGCGCUCGUGAGAUGAAGAAACAUCAACUCGAUUCCCAGUUCGUGUCCGCCUGUCGGCACGCGAUUCAACACUCCAGCCUGGUCGGGGUCGUGCACGAUGUGUCGAACUCGUGGACACGCCACACCCUGAAUCCGGUGCUACUUCGCCUGCUCGAAGAGUACUCGCAGGUGCCGAGCUUUUUGAUAUUGAACAAAAUCGACACCCUCAAAUCGAAGCGCAUUCUGUUGGACAUCGUCAAGAGUCUGACCUGCAACCGGCUGGAAAGCAUCCGCAACUAUGGACCGGUGAGGAAGCGCAAGAAGCUGCCAGUAGCACCGCUGCAGGAGCAGGCAAGCAGCACGGAACCGGGCAGUGCGACCGGCGAAAAGUUUGAACCACAACCGGAAGGGUGGCCACACUUUACGGAAAUAUUCAUGGUGUCCGCUGUGACGGGCGAUGGGUUGCGGGACGUGAUGUCGUUCGUGCACGCCAACGCCACGCAGCAACCGUGGGAACAUCUGCCGAACGAGCACACGGACCAGUCACCGGAGCAGCUGAUCGUGGCGAGUGUCCGCGCACGCUUGCUCGACUUUAUGCCCCAGGAGAUACCGUACCUGCUGCAGACGGAGCUCGAGUUUUACGAGGUGAUCGGAGGCCGGAUUCUGACCAGUGCGGUCGUGACGUGUCCGAGCGAACGGAUCGAGCGGUUGGUUUGCGGCGAGUCGAACGGGAAGCUGCGCCAAAUCACCGAACAGGUCACGUCGGAUCUGAUCGAAACGUUCGGCAUGCCGGUGCUGCUGACGCUAACGACGCGUGUCCGCAGCAAAGAUGUCAAGUCCUAAAAACAAAAACAGACGGUGCGCUUAUUAGUGUCCUGGUGGAGCGUUUGUGGUUAAUUAAAUUGAGAGAAAUAAAGCAAAGGUAAUGGAAACGC